CCCCUCCUUCAGGCAUGAACCUACCCCACAUCAUUGUGCUCCUGUGGGCAUGGGGGAGUCUCCGGGCCUUUGAAAUCGUGGAGAAGGAGAACAUUUUUCAGAGGACCCCCUGCCCUGCUUUCCUGAUGUUUGAUAAUGCAGCCUACCUGGCCGACAUGAGCUUCGAGCUGCCCUGCCACUGUAAGCCCGAGGAGGUGUCUGCUGUGGUCUGGUACUAUCAGGAGCACCUUGGUAGCAGCCACACCAAAGUGCUGACGGACUUCGAUGGGCAGAUGCUGACGGCGGCAUCCCAGGUACGGGUGGGCAGUGACCUGCUGGUCCGCUUCAGCAUCCGCAUGUUCAGCCUGUUGGUCUUCCGGGCCCAGCCUGAGGACUCGGGCUUGUAUUUCUGUGGCACCCGCAAGGGGGACUACUUCUAUGCCUAUGAUGUGGACAUCCAGAGCAGCGAGGGAAUGGUGGCCACCUUCAAGGACCUGGGCCAGGAGCCCUUUGCAGACGACUACCGUGGGAGCCUCCACGUCUUCACCACCUUCUGGGAGUGGACCCCCUGUGACCGCUGCGGGGUCCGCGGGGAGCAGUGGCGCAUUGGCCUCUGCUAUCUGCAGAGUCCAGACCUCUCCCCACGCUACCGCAAGACAAUGCCGGACGUGGUGUCCUGUGGUUCACGGGCUGUGCCCAGGAAGCUUCAGGCCAAGGUCAGGGACCACACGCCCGAGCUGCUGGUCCAGAGCUGCCUGGUGCCCUGCAAGAAUACAACGAAGAUCCGGGGGAGGCUGAUGGCCAUUUUAAACUAUGUGUCCAAAGUGGGCAGACGGCCCUGGCUGCCCCAGGUGCCCAUCCAGUACCACCAGCAGAGGCUGAGUCAUGGGCUCAUCAUCUCCUGUCCCGGGGCCCGGCCAGAGCACGCUGUGGCCUGGGACAAGGACCGCCAGCACUUCUACCGCACGCAGUACUUGAAGGGCACCAAUAGGUCCAUGAGGGUCUUCAUCGACCAUGGCAACCAUCUCCACAUCCGCUUCACUCAGCUGGACGACAGGGGCAUCUACUAUUGCUGGCGGCAGGGCGAGCGGGUCGCUGGGUUCCGACUGGGCGUGGCGUCUCAGGGGCGCUACAAGGUCUCACUCUCGGACCCCGAGGUCCGCUCCGCCUUGGAACUCACCCUGAUAGGGUACCUGCUCCUCACCGCAGUCUUCGUCACCAUCCACCUUUGUCGCUGCUGCUGUUACGUGUUUCGCUGUUAUCCCAGCUUCUCUCGCUAGGUUCUCUCUCCACCCUCUCCGAAGACCAGCUGUGCUCCAACGUGUUUGUUAAAUGAUUCCAGGUGCUUCUGGGUGGGCAUCCUGGGCUGGGACGUGUGGCAAGGGAGUGCGAACAAGUUUGUGAGUGACAUCCUGCUCCCCGUUUUCAUGGGCACGUCUGGGGCCUGAUCUGGGAGGUGGAGAAGCCUGAGGCAGGUGGGACAUGGGACGGAGGCAAUGAUGCAAGUAGCCAAGGUGCACAUGUCUUCCGACUUCAUCAGGUCAGAAGAGGAGGAAGGGAACCUCGUAUUUAUUAAAUGGCCUCUUCAGUAUUGAGCAGUGUUUGAGGUGCUUUCUUUUCUUGCCUUUGAGGACUGCCAAGUGGGUGCUGGUUAAAUUGGGGGUAUCAUGGAGAGGAAGGAAGAAAAGAGUGGGGAGCCACGUAUAUGUCCUCUCUGCCUUCCUCCCAGCCUUGUCCUGGGACUGGCUGGUAGAAAUGGCAGGUUUGGGAAUAAAGGUAAAGACUAGGACAGGGGAAAUGGGUGAGGAAAAUGGAGGUCAAAUUCAGGGCUUUCCUGAGAGACUGCACCCAUGCUGGAGACUGGGGGUGAGAAGAGGAGCUGGGAGCAAAGGGGGGACUAUGGGGGGCACCAGGACUGCUCUGGCAGAGCAGGGUUGGAGGUGGGAUUUGUCAUGUGGCUGCUGCUACGGGGGGUGUUGAGCUCUGGAGAUGAUCAGUGACAAGAAGCACGCUGGGUCUUGUGCAAGGUCACUUGCUGCUCCCUUCCCCCGGCCCCAGCUUCUCCUGAACAGAUCAGAGUCCACUCGGAGGGAGGCCACAGCAGUUGGCUUUAUUUACCUCAGUGACUAAAGGCAUCAGUGGGUGGCAGGAGGGAGUCAGAGAAAGGGCACCAAGUCUUGGAAAGAGAUUCCCAUCUCUCCCUCCCAUUAGUCUUAGCAGUGGUUCUCAACCUUCUGGCCCUUUAAAUACAGUUUCUCACGUUG